CCACACCCCCUUUUCAUACUGCUUUCUGAUUGAGUCAUUCCCACCACGUGAUCCAGAAGCGAAAGGAUUCUGGUUUUUCUGGAGGUGAACCUGAAGCCGUCGUCAUGCAGAGCACAGCCAACUACCUGUGGCUCAUCUCAGACCUGCUGGGGCAAGGUGCUACAGCUAACGUCUACCGUGGCAGGCACAAGAAAACGGGGGACCUGUACGCGGUCAAGGUGUUCAACAACCUCAGUUUCCUGCGACCGCUCGACGUCCAGAUGAGAGAGUUUGAGGUCCUGAAGAAACUCAACCAUAAGAACAUCGUCAAGCUGUUCGCUGUGGAGGAAGAGUCCAACACGCGUCACAAGGUCCUGGUGAUGGAGUACUGUCCCUGUGGGAGUCUGUAUACGGUGCUGGAGGAGUCGGCUAACGCCUACGGACUUCCUGAGGAUGAGUUCCUUAUCGUGCUGCAGGACGUGGUUGCCGGUAUGAACCAUCUCAGAGAGUACGGUAUCGUCCACCGUGACAUCAAACCAGGCAACAUCAUGCGUGUCAUCGGCGACGACGGGAGGUCUGUCUAUAAGCUGACGGACUUCGGAGCAGCCAGAGAACUAGAGGACGACGAGCAGUUUGUCUCUCUUUACGGCACUGAGGAGUAUCUGCACCCUGACAUGUAUGAGCGUGCAGUACUGAGGAAAGAGCACCAGAAGAAGUAUGGUGCGACGGUUGACCUGUGGAGCAUCGGAGUCACCUUCUUCCACGCUGCCACCGGGUCACUCCCCUUCAGACCCUUCGAAGGACCACGCAGGAACAAGGAAGUCAUGUAUAAAAUCAUCACAGAGAAGCCGUCAGGAACCGUCUCAGGGCAGCAGAAGUUUGAGAACGGGAAGAUCGAGUGGAGCACCGAGAUGCCUGUCUCCUGCAACCUGUCCAAGGGCCUCCAGAGCCUGCUGACCCCAGUCCUAGCCAACAUCUUGGAGGCUGACCAGGAGAAGUGUUGGGGCUUUGACCAGUUCUUUGCUGAGACCAGUGAUAUCCUGCAUCGUACCGUAGUGUUGGUCUUCAGUCUACAGCAGGCCACUCUCCACUACAUCUACAUCCACCAGUACAAUACGGCGACUCUCUUCCAGGAGCUGUUGUCUCGUCGGUGCAAUAUCCCGGUCCACAACCAGGAGCUCCUGUACGAGGGGCGCCGUCUGCAGCUGGAGCCCAACCGCCAAGCCCAGACCUUCCCACGGACCUCCAGAGACAAUCCCAUCAUGCUGCUCAGCAGAGAGGCCGUGGCGACAGUGGGGCUCAUCUUCGAAGACCCGAGUCCUCCUAAAGUCCAGCCUCGCUACGAUCUGGACCUGGAUGCCAGCUAUGCCAAGACGUUUGCAGGAGACGUGGGCCACCUGUGGAAGACCUCAGACUCCCUGUUGGUUUGUCAGGAGCUGGUCAGGAAGGGAGUCCGGGGACUGAUUGAGUUAAUGAAGGAGGACUACAGCGAGAUGGUACAUAAGAAGUCAGAGGUCAUCCACAUCUGUCACUACUGCACUCAGAUCCUGGAGAGGACGGAGCAGCUGUACGAGGUGUUAAUACAGGCCAAUAUGUUGUCGUCGUCAGAAUACGAUGAGAUCUCAGACAUGAGGAAGAAAAUAGUCCUAAUCUCCAACUCUUUAGUCCCCAUGGAGCAGACGGUUCAGGACAUCAAGAGUAAGUUCCUGUCAGGUGGUGUUCUGACGGACAGCUGGACUCAAGCUGGAACACACCCUGAAGACAGGAAUGUUGAGAGGGUCAAGGUCCUCCUGGACUCCAUUACAGCCAUCUACCAGCAGUUUAAGAAGGACAAGGCUGAGAGACGUCUGCCGUACAACGAGGAACAGAUACACAAAUUUGACAAACAGAAGCUGGUGUUCCAUGCCACAAAGGCCAGGUCUCUGUUUACAGAGGAGUGUGCCAUGAAGUACCGCCUCUUCAUCUCUAAGAGCGAGGAGUGGAUGAGGAAGGUGCAUCACGUGAGGAAGCAGCUGAUUGGUCUAACCAGCCAAUUCAACAGCGUGGAGAAAGAAGUUUCCAUGGUGAUGGAGAGAGUUAUUAAGCUACAGGAGCAGUUACCUGGUAAGGUGCUACCUCUGGCAUCCAGUGGUUUGGUGAAGCCUCAAGCCUACCUCAGCCAGAGCACCUUGGUGGAGAUGACCCUGGGGAUGAAGAAGCUGAAGGAAGAGAUGGAGGGGGUAGUGAAGGAAUUGGCGGAGAACAACCACUUCCUGGAGAGGUUCGGCUCGUUGACGUUGGAUGGAGGAAUGAGAAGUGUGGACCGUAUCUGAGACCGAGUGGCCCCUCGCUUCCAACACCCACCCUACACCCUCACCCCUAAACCUCCACCCCUCGACUCUCACCCACCCAACCUCCAUACCCACCCUAAACCCUCACUCCUUGACUCUCACCCACCCUAAACCCUCACCCCUCGACUCUCACCCACCCAACCUCCAUACCCACCCUAAACCCUCACUCCUUGACUCUCACCCACCCUAAACCCUCACCGCUCGACUCUCACCCACCCUAAAACCUCACCCCUCGACUCUCACCCACCCUAAACCCUCACCCCUCGACUCUCACCCACCCUACACCCUCACCCCUCGCUUCCAACACCCACCCUAAACCCUCACCCCUCGACUCUCAACCCAAACCCCAUACCCCACCCCCACCUGACCUCCACCUCAAUCCACUAUCUAGACCCUGACCCCUACCUGACCCCCACCUCAAUCCACUAUCUAGACCCUGACCCCUACCUGACCCCCACCUCAAUCCACUAUCUUGACCCUGACCCCUACCUGACCCCCACCUCAAUCCACUAUCUUGACCCUGACCCCUACCUGACCCCCACAUGACCCCCACCUCAAUCCACUAUCUAUACCAUGACCCCACCAGUCUACAGUCUAGACCCUGACCCCACCAGUCUACAGUCUAGACCCUGACCCCUACCUGACCCCACCAGUCUACAGUCUAGACACUGACCCCACCAGUCUACAGUCUAGCCCCUGACCCCUACCUGACCCCACCAGUCUACAGUCUAGAGCCUGACCCCUACCUGACCCCACCAGUCUACAGUCUAGCCCCUGACCCCUACCUGACCCCACCAGUCUACAGUCUAGACCCUGACCCCUACCUGACCCCACCAGUCUACAGUCUAGCCCCUGACCCCUACCUGACCCCACCAGUCUACAGUCUAGACCCUGACCCCUACCUGACCCCACCAGUCUACAGUCUAGCCCCUGACCCCUACCUGACCCCACCAGUCUACAGUCUAGACCCUGACCCCUACCUGACCCCACCAGUCUACAGUCUAGCCCCUGACCCCUACCUGACCCCACCAGUCUACAGUCUAGACCCUAACCCCACCAGUCUACAGUCUAGACCCUGACCCCUACCUGACCCCACCAGUCUACAGUCUAGCCCCUGACCCCUACCUGACCCCACCAGUCUACAGUCUAGCCCCUGACCCCUACCUGACCCCACCAGUCUACAGUCUAGCCCCUGACCCCUACCUGACCCCACCAGUCUACAGUCUAGACCCUGACCCCUACCUGACCCCACCAGUCUACAGUCUAGACCCUGACCCCACCAGUCUACAGUCUAGACCCUGACCCCUACCUGACCCCACCAGUCUACAGUCUAGACCCUGACCCCACCAGUCUACAGUCUAGCCCCUGACCCCUACCUGACCCCACCAGUCUACAGUCUAGACCCUGACCCCUACCUGACCCCACCAGUCUACAGUCUAGCCCCUGACCCCUACCUGACCCCACCAGUCUACAGUCUAGCCCCUGACCCCUACCUGACCCCACCAGUCUACAGUCUAGACCCUGACCCCACCAGUCUACAGUCUAGACCCUGACCCCACCAGUCUACAGUCUAGCCCCUGACCCCUACCUGACCCCACCAGUCUACAGUCUAGACCCUGACCCCUACCUGACCCCACCAGUCUACAGUCUAGCCCCUGACCCCUACCUGACCCCACCAGUCUACAGUCUAGACCCUGACCCCUACCUGACCCCACCAGUCUACAGUCUAGCCCCUGACCCCUACCUGACCCCACCAGUCUACAGUCUAGACCCUAACCCCACCAGUCUACAGUCUAGACCCUGACCCCUACCUGACCCCACCAGUCUACAGUCUAGCCCCUGACCCCUACCUGACCCCACCAGUCUACAGUCUAGCCCCUGACCCCUACCUGACCCCACCAGUCUACAGUCUAGCCCCUGACCCCUACCUGACCCCACCAGUCUACAGUCUAGACCCUGACCCCUACCUGACCCCACCAGUCUACAGUCUAGACCCUGACCCCACCAGUCUACAGUCUAGACCCUGACCCCUACCUGACCCCACCAGUCUACAGUCUAGACCCUGACCCCACCAGUCUACAGUCUAGCCCCUGACCCCUACCUGACCCCACCAGUCUACAGUCUAGCCCCUGACCCCUACCUGACCCCACCAGUCUACAGUCUAGACCCUGACCCCUACCUGACCCCACCAGUCUACAGUCUAGCCCCUGACCCCUACCUGACCCCACCAGUCUACAGUCUAGCCCCUGACCCCUACCUGACCCCACCAGUCUACAGUCUAGACCCUGACCCCACCAGUCUACAGUCUAGACCCUGACCCCACCAGUCUACAGUCUAGACCCUGACCCCUACCUGACCCCACCAGUCUACAGUCUAGCCCCUGACCCCUACCUGACCCCACCAGUCUACAGUCUAGCCCCUGACCCCUACCUGACCCCACCAGUCUACAGUCUAGACCCUGACCCCACCAGUCUACAGUCUAGACCCUGACCCCUACCUGACCCCAUCAGUCUACAGUCUAGCCCCUGACCCCACAUGACCCCACCAGUCUACAGUCUAGACCCUGACCCCUACCUGACCCCACCAGUCUACAGUCUAGACACUGACCCCACCAGUCUACAGUCUAGACACUGACCCCACCAGUCUACAGUCUAGACACUGACCCCACCAGUCUACAGUCUAGAGCCUGACUCCACCAGUCUACAGUCUAGACCCUGACCCCACCAGUCUAGCCCCUGCAGAGAAAGGAGAAUAUUCCCUCACCUUGCCAGUGGUGUAUUAUUCCUGUGUAUAUACAUGUAUGCUUCAUGGUGUAUAUAGUCUGAGUCUAUAAUGUGUAUCAUUAUUAAUGAGUUUUCUAUCUUCUGGCCUUUUCUCCAAGCUGGCAACUUCUGUUAGAGACUAAAGAGAGGAGAUGUCCUUCUGUUAGAGACUAAAGAGAGGAGAUGUCCUUCUGUUAGAGACUAAAGAGAGAUGUCCUUCUGUUAGAGACUAAAGAGAGGAGAUGUCCUUCAGGAAUCAACGUACUUUUGGGAUGCACCCAAAAGACCCUGACCCCUACCUGGUUUGGAUUUACAUUUGGGAUGCACCCUCUGUAGUGCACUAUGAGGGGGAUAGUGGGUCAUUUGGGAUGCACCCUCUGUAGUGCACUAUGAGGGGGAUAGGGGGUCAUUUGGGAUGCACACUCUGUAGUGCACUAUGAGGGGGAUAGUGGGUCAUUUGGGAUGCACCCUCUGUAGUGCACUAUGAGGGGGAUAGUGGGUCAUUUGGGAUGCACCCUCUGUAGUGCACUAUGAGGGGGAUAGGGGUCAUUUGGGAUGCACCCUCUGUGUUGCCUUUAGUCUGCAGACCUUUUUGUUACUUCCUGUUUUGUUAACAGGGUAUUUAUCAUCGUCUCUGCAGCCGCUAUAAAUAUUAAAAUGGCUCACAGGCUCAAAUCAUAGUAGUUGCUCUUUUAAAAUAAAUUCCUAAUGUCCUUAAAUAUAAUUUCUUAUUUGAAAAUAACCCACACAAAAUGAUUACUGUCUUUUGUUUUCACAAACGAAGUGAGUUUCCUGUCUGUUUUAUGCAGUAUGUGUUUUGUUUUAACCAUCUUAUACAUGCUUAUACAGGCUUAAUGGUGCUGAUGAGGUGCGGGUGAAUGACGGAGAAACCCCAUCUGUUGGGAGCUCUUGUCAAUCACACAGACUCACACCAUCUCUCCCUCCCUUCUGCUGUAUAAAGGCUCUGAUCUCUUAAGUGUUGUUAAUGAUCACCGUGCAAAAGGGAACGUGAAAUGUUUGAAACAGCUGUAAAUAAAGACGGAGGCCAUCAGA